AUGUUAGCUUAUUCUAGCUUGGCAACGUACGAUACCUCUCUCCCCCGUAAAGAUUUGUUAUCAUCCCCAAUCGGUAGAGACCGGGAUGACCAGCGAAGACCUGAGGAUGAUAAGCUAAGAGCGAGUGUAAUUAGGACCUUUCUCCUCUGGAAGCACUUCACUCCAGUGGGUUUUAUGGCCCGGGCAGACCGGCUCGUCGUGAUCCUCCGCUCUCUGUCUAUUCCUAAACGUCCUCAACAUCUCCAUUCCAAACCGCUCCUGCUGUCGAUAUAUCCCACCAUCUGUCCGCUGCGUUCCCCCAACCCGGUGUAUUUACUACGGUCCAGGAAAACAUUUCUCUUCUUAUUCCUCCUCAUAGCUAUAAUGAUAUAA